CCGCCGCCGGAAGUGACGCGUAUAGUGAGCGCCGCAGCUGCAGAGGAGCUGUGUGAGUGCGGAGACGCAGGGAUAGAGCGGCCGGGAUCGGAGAGUGAAGCGGAAACAUGGCGGGGAAAAGCGGGGAGGACAAGCUGAAGGAGAUGGAGGCGGAGAUGGCCCUGUUUGAGCAGGAGGUGCUGGGCGGUCCUGUUGCUCUGCCUCCCGGUGAGCCGGUUCCCCUGCCCGUGCCCCUGGCUAUCACAGCUGUUCCCGUCAUACGUCCUGUUAUAGCCACGAACACCUACAGUCAGGUUCAGCAGACCUUGGAGGCCCGGGCAGCGGCGGUGGCAAGUGUUGUGGCUCCUCUGAUGGUUCCUCCGAUACAGUUCGUAGGUCCAGCGUCAAUUCCGCCCCCGAGACCCCCAAUGUUGAGACACAGUUUCAUCCCCCACGCGUUACAGCGUAACGUUGAGCCGCACCUGCCGAUGCCCAGACCGUCCUUCAUCCCCCACAUCCUGCAGCAGCAGCGGGCCAUGGGUCCCCGGCACCUGGGCAUGCCUCCGCCACACGCCAUGAUGUCCCAUCCGAUGCACGGCCCGCCCCCGCCACUGAUGAGCCAUCACUUGCCCCCUCCCCCCUUGAACAUGCGAAUCGGCCCUCCGCCCGCCCCUAUGGGACCUAUGCCACCUCCUUCCCGGCCCAUGGUACAGUCCUCGCCUAAAGUCAACCCCACAGUUAUACAGGCGGCUCCCACGGUUUAUACUGCGCCUCCUGUAAAGAAGGUGGAGGAGGAGGUCCCAGAACCCCCGGCCUUGCCAGACGAAAAGGAGAUGAGCUUCGAGGAAGCCGUGAUUGGCCCCAGUAUGCCAGAAAUUGAACCCGUGCAGCCGGAGGUGGUGCCGGAACCCGUUCAGGAGGACAAGAAGAGGUCUAAGCCGGAGAGGCUGAAGCGCUGUAUCCGUACGGCGGCUGGGACAUCCUGGGAAGAUCAGAGUCUGCUGGAGUGGGACACCGAUGAUUUCCGGAUAUUCUGCGGGGACCUUGGAAACGAGGUGAAUGACGAUAUCCUCGCCCGAGCGUUCAGCCGCUAUCCUUCUUUCCUGAAGGCCAAGGUGAUCCGAGACAAGCGCACGGGCAAAACCAAAGGUUACGGUUUUGUGAGCUUUAAGGACCCCAACGAUUACGUCCGGGCAAUGAGGGAGAUGAACGGUAAAUACGUGGGCUCUCGUCCCAUCAAGCUGAGGAAAAGCAUGUGGAAAGAUCGCAACAUGGACGUGGUACGCAAGAAGCAGCGGGAAAAGAAGAAGCUCGGCCUCAGAUAAUCGUGAACCAACAUGAACUACGGAACUUUGUUUUGGGUCUCGGCUCCUCUGUCAUAUUUUAAUGACUGGUCCUUGUGGACAUUGGGCCAGGUUACCCACAAUUCCCUGCACCUCACCGUAUCUGAUGUUCUAUAAAGGCCGGGGGCUACAAUACAAGCCCAGGAGUUGUCACAACGCAUUUCAUUUCCUGUUAUGCGACACAUUGUGAAACGCAACCAUCUGAAGAUAAAUGCAAGGAGACCUCUUUGAUUUCUCCGGGGUCCUGUUCGAGGAAACCAUGUUCCCGUCUGAUCUGCUGCUGCUGAGUGAUCAGGGAUAUUGUUCUUUUGUUUCUAUUUAUCCAUAAAGAAUUUUCUGAUUUUA